ACGGUAUCACUUAGAGUUGCAAGAACAUCCAUAGUAUUGCAGGUGGGGAAAGGAUUAAUUUGUCUUUUUUUCUUCAUUCAGGCUGGCUUAUUCAUUGAUAAAGGAGUAAAAACCACCAAUGCAAGUGCUGCAGAUAAAAGGGAAUACCUGUCUUUGGACAAUAAUGCAAGGUUUCGGCCUCAUCAAGAUGCAAAUCCCGAGAAGCCCCGAGUUGCUGCUCUCAUAGAAAGACUAAUAGCUUAUAAAAACAAUGACCAUGGGGCUUGGGUCAGAGGCGGAGACAUCAUCAUUCAGAACUCAGGAUUUGCUGACAAUGGAAUAGGUCUAACUUUUGCCAGUGAUGGAAGCUUCCCAAGUGAUGAAGGCUCCAGCCAAGAAGUCUCAAACUCUCUUUUUGUGGGUGAAAGCAAGAAUAAUGGUUCUUUAGGAGGCCAGAACAAAUAUUGGGGGACUGGAGGGGUAAACAAUAUAACACGCACACUGCCUAGAAACCGGACUUAUCCAAUCCGAGGGUUUCAAAUUUAUGAUGGACCUAUUCGUCUCACCAAAUGUACAUUCAAUAAUUUUGUGCCAACUACUGAUAGAUUCACUAGUGCAAUUGGGUUCCUACUAAAAAAUGCCUGGCAAAUUACACCUCAAAACAAUAUUUCCCUGGUGGCGUUUGGUGAAAAUGUUUCUCUGAAAGUCUUUUUUGGUAAGCCUGGCCCUUGGUUUGAAGAGGCUGAUCUGGAUGGUGACAAGAAUUCAAUAUUCCAUGACGUUGAUGGAUCAGUGACCGAAUACAAAGACACUUACGUUGGUAGAAUGGAUAACUAUCUGAUUCGACAUCCAGACUGUUCUGACUUUGCCAAGUGGAAUGGUGUAGUCUGCAGUGGAACUUUCGCUCAGGUGUACAUCCAGAUUCGGAAUCCACAGAAUCUUACCAUGACUAUGGUACGAGAUGAGUAUCCUUCCAACCCUAUGAUACUUCGAGGUAUUAAUAAUCAGAAAGCUGACUUCCAGCAAUACCAGCCAGUUGUGAUGCUUCAAAAGGGCUACACAAUCCAUUGGAAUGGACAAGCCCCACAAAUAACUUUCCUGUACCUCAUUAAUUUCAACAAGAAUGACUGGAUUCGAGUUGGCCUCUGUUACCCAUCAGAUGCCUCUUUUCAAGUAACCUUUGAUGUAUUCCAGAGACAAGCAUCUGCUUAUUAUAAUAUGGAAGAUUAUGUUGCAGUGUCUUCAAUGGCUGAGCUGCAGAAGAGACGAACGGAGAAAAUUUUUUAUUUUGAUGAUAGCACUGGGCUGUUGUUUCUGUUUCUGCAAGCCAAGUACCACAGGGAAGGGCACAGUUACUGUUCAUCUCAGGGAUGUGAAAGAGUCAAAAUACAGGCCAGCUUUCAGUCAAAGCCUAUCAGUAACUGCUUAACAAAAGCGUAUCCAAAGUACUUCCAGAAACCAACUGCUGUGAAAAGAAUGCCCGCGAAAAUUACUAAUGUCUGUCAGAAAUGUGGCUCAGACCAGGUGGUAUUUACCAGUGAUCCUCAUAAAACCUACAUCUUUGUGAAAAUCCAGACGUCAGAUAAAAUAGAAUCACAAAGGAACCAAGAAUAUUCAAUCUCUGUCAAUGGUGUCAAGUUUCAGCUGAAAGGGGUAGGCCUCCUUGCCAUAGUCAUUGAUGCCUGUGUUGGCAAAGUAACAAAAGAAACAUUUUUUCCUGAAGGGAAGAUCAAGCUCCUAGAAAAUUAUAUAAAAACUGGAAUUCCCCAGAGAUCUUUAGUUCUGUUAACUAGCAGAGGAAACAUAACAGAUCUUAACAUUUCUCAAGCCUUAAUGACCCUGGGGGCAGCAAAACCAGCAAAUCUUCAAAAUUCAGGGAGCAUUAGUUUUCUGGGAUUCAGAGGGAACUUUAAACCAUCUUGGGUAAAGCUCUUUAGAAGUCCUGCAGGGCAGGACUUAGGUGUGAUUGAAAAGUACAUCCCUUUGCAGCUGGAAGAAUACGGUUGUGCCAGAGUGAACACAAGCAAACGAAAAGAUCUGGAACUCUUAAAGCAGGCUCUAAGAUACAAUAGAAAUUAAAGUGCCUAGGGGUACUGAAGACAAUGUGAACUAAUUUAUUUAUUUGAUGGGAUUUUAAAAUGUAUUAUUAUCCCACCUGCUGUUUUGAUCCGGACAUAUGCCUAAACCAAAUGCUUGAAUGACAGCCUGUGCACCUUUGGAUUGUACAAAAUAUUAAAGAAUAAAAGUAUUUGUUAAAAAUA